AUGUCCUCAGAGUCAGGGUUCGGGGGCUCCCCCCCGGGAAUAACCGAUGAUGGUGAUGACGAUAACAACCACCCUUGGGUCUGGGUGAUGAUCCCCGUCGGCCUCGUCAUCGUACUGGGCGGUUUGGCCCUCUGUCUUCACAUCCGCCGACGCAAACAACUCCUCGGUAACCACAAGACUUCUCGUAUUUCUACCCCGGCACGACGACCUUCCGCCCACCAAGCAUCGAUAAGCCACAGUCGUGACGGGCAGCUUCAGUUCGGAGUUCAUGAGGUCGAUGCCCCUUCGUUGGCAUUGAUCGAGCGUGACCUUCAGGAGUCUUGGGUGCGUGGGGCGCCGACACAGCGACGUAACAAUACUGGCUCGAGAUCAGGAACUGGGGGCGGGGCAUGGGGUGGUUCUCGGUCGACGGGGAUGAGGAGAUGGGACUGGGCAGGUAUCUUCAGACCCGAGGAAGGACUAAAUGAACUGGGCGAGGCGCCGCCGCCAUAUGAGAAGCAGCCGGUUGCGGAAGAAGGUGGCGAUGUUGAUCUUGAAGCGGGUGGAAAUAGUUAUCAUGGCUAUGGGAACGAAGCGUCGGCGGGUCCAGCCGCGAGGGCAGGAAUAGCGGCAGGGUCCGCCGUCGGCGAAGGAACCAGUACUGCUGCGUACGUCGGUGUAGAAACGCGAAACAUGGCUCCCUGGAAUUACCAUACCACCUUCUCGCAACAAACGAUAUCAUCGCCACCGUCGGGGUCACAGGCAAGUUUACAGCCACCCCCACCGGUACAUUACUACCAUCAGGACGGAUCUGGAAUACACAGCCAGAGUCACUUGAGCCACCUGAGCCAGCCAGGAUAUAGUAGUGUCGGCACUAGCCUGUUGAGCACCAGCAUGACCCAGAGCGCCGCCACCACUGCGCCGACAUCUCCAAGCAUGACUAGGUAUCCCUCCCCCAGUCCGGGACACAGUACCAUCUACAGCCCGGCGCCCGAAAUGACAGAUCAAGAUCAGGUACCACCACCUGCAUAUGAAGAGACGUCUCCCCUGUUGAUGAUGGGAACGGGGACCAACUCUCCGUCGCAGCAGCCUACUACUAAUGAUGAAACAAGUCCAGAGCAGCAUGGCAAUCCUGCUACUGUUUUUUCUUCCACUUCCUCUCCUGCCGCCGCUCCCACAUUUGAGGCGGCGGCGGUCACUUCUGCGUCAGCCUUAGGGGCAGCUUCUCCCUCCCUUCCACCUGACCCAUCGUUUGGAUCAUCUAACAAUGGCAAUAAUAACGCCUCCGUUACACGUCGGUCUUCAUCACAGUCUGGUGUGCCACCACAUUAUUAAAACCCUUUGAGGUUCCUUCUUUCCCGUUCCGUCCCUUGAGCUGAAGGGUUUGGUCAACUCGGAACGGGUGUUGUGAGGAAAGCAUGUGGAACAAGCUGACGUUCUACAAGCUCGUUACUGUCUUUCUCCGUCGCGCUUUUGUGUCAAAAUGACAAGGAUCUACUUGGCAAAUCAAAGCGAGACGUCAGCUCACAGGGUACUGGGGAAAUGACACUCG